AUGUUCUUUUUGCAGCAAGCAGCUUCUUUGGUCAUCAAUGACGGGAACUACUCAGGGAACAAUUUGCCUGAUUAUUCCACCGGACGAGCAGCAGCUUGGCUCGACUACUGCAAAUCUUACUGUUUUCGUCACCUGAGUGGGAUAUUCCAUCUCUUGGAGCUUCAUGACUUGCUAGGUAAGGUCAUUGGCAAGAUCCGGGCCACCCUCUGA